AACUCAAUAUAGUUUUGCUAUUUCUUACUUGUUCAGUGAAGGCAGAAAGAAAUCAUGUCCCAAAUACUGAAGCGUCUCAAGGUGCCACCAAACUCCGCCAGUUUAGAAGAAGCUCGCACUCGGACCUUUGAAUUCUUCCGUAUGUGCUGUAGAUCCAUCCCUCAUGUAAUGGAAAUCUACAACUUGCACGAUGUCGUUACACCAUCCCAACUCCGUUCUGCCGCCGCCGCCGAAGUUCGCAAGAAUGCCAAUAUUACUAACCCUAAGGUAAUUGACAUGCUGCUGUUCAAGGGCAUGGAAGAGUUGAUGAACAUUGUGAACCAGUCAAAGCAGAGGCACCACAUUGUUGGGCAAUAUGUUGUAGGUAACCAAGGUCUUGUUCAGGACGUCUCAGCCAAAGAUCGGGAUGCAUCCAAUUUCCUGAAAAAAUUCUAUAGCAGCAACUACUCCUAGAUCACCGUAUGAACUAUGCCAUUUGGACAUUUCUGUUGGGUAAAAUUCACAAUAAAGAUGAACAUGUUCUUGCAUCUUACAAUUGGAUGCACAUUUGUCUUUUUUUUUCUCUUUGAGUGGAAAGGAUGCUCCUAGUCAAGAAUCACCAAUUGACAAUUUCCUUUUUUUGAUUGGUAAAGGUGUUCUAUUACUAUACGGUAAGGCUCUGAGAGUAUUUACUAGGGCCACUAAUUGACAAUUAUUCUGUUGCAUUUACUCUCUAUUUUAUGUUGCAUGCUCUGUUUAA